AUGAAACCAAAAAUUAUUGAUGGACUUCCGCCCUACCCACCAGCACGCAAGAUUUCCAUCCCUACUGACAAUAGCGGUCUUCAUUUAGUACUGUACCAGUAUCCUACCUGCCCUUUCUGCUGUAAAGUACGAGCAUUUCUAGAUUAUUACGGUCUAUCUUAUGAUGUAGUGGAGGUGGAUCCAGUGCUAAGAACACAGACUAAGUGGUCAGACUAUAAGAAAGUUCCAAUCCUUUUGGCUGGUAUUGGUGAUGGAAAAUAUGUGCAACUAAAUGAUAGUACAGUCAUCAUUUCUAUUUUGAAAUCCUUCUUGGCUGAUCCUAAGCAAAAUUUACUUGACAUUGUGAACUGCUAUCCGCCGUUAUCAUAUCGUGAGAGUGAUGGUUCUAUCAAAAUGGAGAUUCAGAAUCGUUACUUCCUUAUGACUGGGGAAGAUGGAAGGAAAGGAAGAACAAAGGAAGAAAUUAUGGAUGAAGUUAAGUGGAGGGAGUGGGCAGAUAAAAAAUUGGUGCACGUCCUGUCUCCUAAUGUCUACAGAACAACUGAAGAAGCAUUGCAAUCGUUUGAAUGGUUUUCAGAGGUUGGUGAAUGGGACAAACUUUUCCCCACGUGGGAAAGAAAUCUAAUUGUUUAUGCAGGUGCCUAUGCUAUGUGGCUUAUUGGCAAGAGGCUCAAAAAGAGGCACCUUUUGAAGGAUGAUGUGAGGCUUUCACUCUAUGAUGAACUAAACUUUUGGAUAAAACAGCUGAAGAAAAGAAACACAAAGUUUUGUGGAGGGGACAAACCAAAUCUUUCUGAUCUCGCUGUCUUUGGAGUAUUAAGUAGUAUUGAAGGUUGUCAGGCUUUUAAAGAUGCUUUAGAGAAGACAAAUAUUGGAAACUGGUAUUACAGUAUGAAAAAGCAUGCAACUGAGCAUGCUGGUAGUAACCCUAUAGGAAUCUAG